AAUUUGUAUCCGAUCGUGAAAUAAAGUACCAUUUAGUAAUAAGCGAUCUUAGACAUUGCUCAUUGAAAGCAUGAUUUUACUUAAUUUAAAAUUGUAAUUUAUUUCAAGACAAUCGUCUAAGUGGUGAUUUAAAAAAUUAAUCUGAUUAUCUUAAAACAGCAGUUUCUUGGAAAAAACCCCCUAAUGUCAAAAACUUUGCCUUUUGACUUUGUUUUUAUUAUUUAUUAAUUUUAUUUGAUAACAACAGACGACAAAAAUUGUAUAAAUACACAGAUAUGUUCGACUUUUGAUUAUUAUUUUUCGUUGCUCUCUACGGUGUAUUUCAUUUCAAUACAAAAAUGAUUGCAAAAAUUUCGUGUUUAAUAUUAUUGGCCAGCGUUGCAGAAUUUAGAGCGACUCCGACUAAUCAGAUAAAUUCUGUACGAAGCAAACGAUCCGGCGGUUAUAAAGUGACUAUUUACAAUGACAAUCGCAUUUCGGAUGGUCAGGGUUUUGUACACACGUGGCUGGUAAUUGAAAAUGGAAAUAGGAAAACUACAUUUAGCUUUUCAUCUGGCGGCCGUUGCGGCCGUUCUUCAGCCUCCGAAAUGGGGGACAGAGGUUAUUCCGAUAAGCUUGAAUAUAAUGUUUCUAAAAGUCAAUACGACAACAUGAUUACCGAAAUCGAGAAGUUUUACGAUUCGUGCCCAGGAUAUAGGCUUUUAGGGGAUCUUGGAAAAUAUAAUUGUGUUUCUUCUGCCAAUCGUAUAUUAUCUGCCGGAGGAAUCGGGGAUUUCUCUGGAUGUAAGACCCCAAUGGACGUGCAGAAUCAAAUACGCAAAGACUUCAACUACAGAGCUGAAAGACAUUGGGCUCCAAACUAUUAUUGGAUAACGAAUUAAAAAUCACUUUAUAAUUUCCUUUAGCCUAUCUUUACUAACUUUCAAUUUUGGUUUUCCUUCUUUUUGUUUCGUGAUUUCUUUUUGCGGUAAUAAAUAAAUUGUUGUUGUUUGUAGAAAAAUAUAUAAUUAAAAAUUAAUAAAACAUGGAAGCCAUAUAUAUAACUUAAUCACGAUUUGUGUAAUUUUCGUUAUAUUUUUUGGGUAAAAAUCCAGCUUUCGAGUCAGACUUGCCACCAAACCACAAUCCUACAUGAA